GGAAUUUCACAAAAAUAUUGUCUAUAUUUUUACUUGAUCUUAGUUUCUUUAUAUGAUUUGCUUUUAAWUAAGUUUUUCAUAGUAUUUUAGUUACAAUUUUCUGCGUUUAUAUUGCGAUGGAAGUCCUUACCAAACGGUACAAGCAUGACCACGUUUCUUCAUACAAAAACCGUGGCGAGAAACUUGGCGCAUCAAAUCGUUUUGUCCGAGCACAUCGGGCAAACAAGGAUAGAAAAGCCGUCAGAGGAGAUGAAUUGUCAAAGAGAAGAGGCCUUGACGACACACUAGAUGUAAAGAAACCCAGGAAUAAACAAAACGACGUGGCCAAACCUCAGCUAGUCGUUAAAGGGGAUGUGAUAGAAAAAGAAAAUCAACCAACAGAACAAAUUACAGACCAAAGGAAGGCAAUGCUAAUGAAGUGGCGUGAGCAACGAGAGUUGAAAAAGAAAGCUGAAGCAGCUACCAAAGGCCAAAAAUCAGUAUUUGCUGUUCGACACAUUCAAUAUGAUGACAGCAAUUCAACAGCGGCACCACUGAGCAUCAAACCAAUAAAGAAAACUGCACCAAAACCUAAGCAAAACAUUCCAGAGAARAGAGUUACACGCUCCUCAGCUAGAUUAGCCAAUAAACAACCAGCAAAACCUGCUGCAACAAAAGUGAAAUCAGGUGUCAAAGACAUAAAAUCAAAGAAGACAUCUAGAGAGGAUGAAGAACAAUCAUUGAAACGCGUGACMAGGCAGUCAACAAAGACGGCUUCUACUAGUGUAGUAAAGACAGGACCAAAAUCAUCAAGAAAGAAGCAAGAAGCAGACCAGCCAAAGAAAGACAGUAGCAGUGAAUGUCCAAAAGACAAGCCAAGUCAAGACUGUCCUACAAACCCACCAGUGCAACGUGAAGAAGAAMUAAAGUCAUUUGCACCUGCUAAYUACCAAUUCACUGCACCAACUGGUCUCUACACCUUUGAGUAUUAUUCCAAAGAAUUCAAAUUUGAACCACUCAGCCCWAGAAGCACAAGUAAUUUCUUUCAGGGAAUCACAGCAUUUCCUUCUCCUAAAAGAGAUGUARUUACYAAUCARAACUUUGUACCUAUGUCUGCUACAAGUAWUGGUGGCACAGACCCUACAGAGAUGUCUGUGAAUAGUGAAGAUAAGAGUCAAGCUGGAAAUGUAGAUGAUAAAGGCAAUGAUACUUUUGAUAGUAAAUACUUCAGAAAUCUGGUAUCCUCUGAGACCACAAGGUUAAAUGAGCUUUGUGAUAAAUGGGAGAAUGUCUUGGAAUCUACUCAGGAGGAAUUAACUGAAGAAGUAAAGGGCAAUAUCAGAACUGCUGUUGGUCAGGCUCAACUGCUCAUUAGUCAGAGAUUCAAGCAGUUUUCAGGACUAAUUGAUUUGAGUSAGGAUGAAUCAGCAGAGAAGAAAGCCACUAUGUCUGACCUUCAAGGUUUUUGGGAUAUGAUUUAUUUUCAGGUUGAAGAUGUCAACAAUAAGAUGGAUGUACUGGAAAAACAGAAAGAAAAUGGCUGGGUUGUAGAGGAGAAAACUGYCAAGAAAAAGAAAGCAAAAAAAAUUCUGCCCAAGAAGAUUGAGGGACCCAAGGGUGCUAAGGCUGGAGGAAAGUCUAGAAUUCAAGAACUCAGAGCUGCUAUGAAAGCCAAAAUGGCAGAGAAAAAGAAACUCCUUUCUCAAAACAAUGAGGAAUGUUCAUUCAUAACUGUUUUGACACCAGUGAAAAAGAACAAGAACUCAGGUUCUCAUGGCGAUAUCAUUCUCACACCUGUACGACGCUCUUUACGUAACACGCCUAUCCACCAAUCAACAUCUCGUGCCACUCCUAAGGUGAUUUCUACUCCUAAAGCCUCUAGCACCAGUAGUCCUGGAUUGCGGUUGACACCCGAAGUUGUGUCUUCCGCUACCAAAGAUGUCAGCAUAGAAGACAUUGAGAUGAAAGAAGAAAAGAAACCAGAAGAAAUGAGAAAAGACAAAUCACCAGARACAMAAGUGGAAAUUAAAAUGGAUSARAAWACUACAGAGGAGAGUCACUUGCUAGAGGAUAGCAGUGAUGGUAAUGUCAGCGAAAGAACCUCGGAGACCACAGAUGAAGAUAUGAAAGAUGAAAAAGCCUCGCUGCCAUCCAAGCGUCGUAGUUGCCUGCGUUCAUCCACCAAACGAACUCGUAAGUCAUCUCGCGUGUUUUUCCAGUCACCAGAACCAAGUGCGCACUCUACCGCUGGGGGGACCCCAGGGGCUAUUGUCUUCACUCCAGGCAUGCAAAAGAACAAGCUGCCAACAAACGUUGUAUUCACGCCUGUUGCUGUUUCUUUUGACUCACCUGAUGAGCAAGGCGAUACUUGUUCUAUUGAUGCCGGGCACACACCAGCGUUGGUACUGUCGGGGUCAAGGUCGCUGAGAAGUCGUAAAGGGACGCCAUGUCGUAAACGACAUUUGGGAACGCCUAAUGGCAGCAUGAACACCCCUGUUAGUAAAGAUGAAGGAUCUGUGGCUAAAAGAAGAUCGCUUAGGAGGCGUUCUGGCAGACAAAGCUCAAGUGAAGAGGAAACAUUUUUACCAGAUAAAUACAUCCUUCCCUCUACCUCCUCUGAGUCAGACGAAGAAGAGAAUUCCACGUCACCUUCUCUCAAGAAACCAGAGUCGUCUGGUUGUGAUCAACCUCUUCUGUCAUUUACUCCUCUCAAGGAUUCCUCAGACCUGUUGAACAAGUCAAACCUCACACCAGCGUCGAGGCUCCAGGCACUCUGCCUUGACGACUCCCCAGAUAAUAGAAGGGACUCUGUGUUUUUCGCGCCUGGUGGRCAUCAGCAAGAAGAAAAGACAGAGAGGGAUAAUCUUAUAUGUUUUUCACCUUUGGCCGAGUGAGGUUUUGUGAAUUAUGUCAGGCCUCUUUUAUAACGACAAAAUUGUCGAAUGGGUGGAUGAAUUGUGAAAAUGUACAUAGCAUAAUCGUUUUAGAUAAAUGGGAAACUUUAUAAUUAAAUAUAUUAUAUGAUACAGGCACUUGCAGAAAUUCUGAACGCWAACAUAUCGUGUGCAUGAWGGGUAAUUCCUUGUGGUUUUCGCUCCUUUCUCCCUUAAUAAGGUUGCAGAUUAACCGCAUAUAGCGUUUUUCACAAGCUUUGAAUAAGAUCUGUUGACUUAUUGUUGCAUACAGGUUGUAUCGAUAUAUAUAUGUUAGCUGUCAGAAUUUUCUUAAAAUAGUAAAUGUAAGGAGAGUGUUAAUUUGAUUUUGUAACAUUUGCAAAUUUUUAUUUUAACAUAAAAUAUUACAUUAAGACA